CUCCCCCCUCCCUCCUCCCCUCCGGUCCUGUCUCCAGCGGGAGCGCGAGACGCUGGUCAGGCUCCGCGGCGCAGCUCGAAAAUGAAUAAUCGCCCCCAAUUGACUUAAAUUCCACCGAAGCCGGCGCCGCGGCCGCCGCCGCUCGGGAUCUGCUCGCUGUUUUUUGCUUUCUCCAUUCUUCCUUAAAAAAAAGCAAAACAAAACCAGCCAGCCAGCCAACCAAGAAUCCGGUUUGUUGAUCGCCUUAUUUUUUUUUUCACCGUUUGCCGGAUUUGCAAACCGAGUUACAUGCAUGUCCAGUGGGGGUAGGUUUAAUUUUGACGAUGGUGGGUCCUACUGUGGAGGCUGGGAGGACGGCAAGGCGCACGGCCAUGGCGUCUGCACCGGCCCCAAGGGCCAAGGCGAAUACACCGGCUCGUGGAGCCACGGCUUCGAGGUGCUGGGCGUCUACACCUGGCCCAGCGGCAACACGUACCAGGGCACCUGGGCGCAGGGCAAGCGCCACGGCAUCGGCCUGGAGAGCAAGGGGAAGUGGGUGUACAAGGGCGAGUGGACGCACGGAUUUAAGGGGCGCUACGGGGUGCGGGAGUGCACGGGCAACGGGGCCAAGUACGAAGGGACCUGGAGCAACGGGCUGCAGGACGGCUACGGCACCGAGACCUACUCGGAUGGAGGGACCUACCAGGGCCAGUGGGUCGGCGGCAUGCGCCAAGGCUACGGCGUGCGGCAGAGUGUCCCCUACGGCAUGGCGGCGGUCAUCCGCUCGCCCCUGAGGACGUCCAUCAACUCUCUGCGCAGUGAGCACACCAACGGCGCUGCGCUGCACCCCGACGCGUCCCCGGCGGUGGCGGGCAGCCCGGCCGUGUCCCGGGGGGGCUUCGUGCUGGUGGCGCACAGCGACUCCGAGAUCCUCAAGAGCAAGAAGAAGGGGCUGUUCCGGCGCUCGCUGCUGAGCGGGCUGAAGCUGCGCAAGUCGGAGUCCAAGAGCAGCCUGGCCAGCCAGCGCAGCAAGCAGAGCUCCUUCCGCAGCGAGGCGGGCAUGAGCACGGUCAGCUCCACGGCCAGCGACAUCCACUCCACCAUCAGCCUGGGCGAGGGCGAGGCCGAGCUGUCGGUCAUCGAGGACGACAUCGACGCCACCACCACCGAGACCUACGUGGGCGAGUGGAAGAACGACAAGCGCUCGGGCUUCGGCGUGAGCCAGCGCUCGGACGGGCUGCGCUACGAGGGCGAGUGGGCGGGCAACCGGCGGCACGGCUACGGCUGCAUGACCUUCCCCGACGGCACCAAGGAGGAGGGCAAGUACAAGCAGAACGUGCUCGUGAGCGGCAAGCGCAAGAACCUGAUCCCGCUGCGCGCCAGCAAGAUCCGCGAGAAGGUGGACCGCGCCGUGGAGGCGGCAGAGCGCGCGGCCACCAUCGCCAAGCAGAAGGCGGAGAUCGCGGCCUCCAGGACCUCCCACUCGAGGGCCAAGGCCGAGGCGGCCCUCACGGCAGCCCAGAAGGCCCAGGAGGAAGCGCGGAUCGCCAGGAUCACUGCCAAAGAGUUCUCACCUUCCUUCCAGCACAGGGAAAACGGGCUCGAGUACCAGCGGCCGAAGCAUCAGCUCUCCAGUGACGACAUCGAGGUGAUCUCCACGGGGACGCCCCUGCAGCAGGAGAGCCCCGAGCUGUACCGCAAAGGCACUACCCCUUCAGACCUGACCCCCGACGACAGCCCCCUGCAGAGCUUCCCUGCCAGCCCCUCGGCCACCCCGCCCCCAGCCCCCGCCACAAGGAACAAGGUCGCCCACUUCUCCCGGCAGGUCUCGGUGGAUGAAGAGCGAGGUGGGGACAUCCAGAUGCUCCUGGAGGGCCGGGGAGGGGACUACGCCCGCAACAGCUGGGGCGAGGAGAAGGCCGGGGGCUCCAGGGGCAUCCGCAGUGGCGCCCUCCGCAGCAGCCAGCCCGCAGAUGACUUCCGCGCCCGGGGCUCGGGCCACAAGCAGCCCAGUAACCCCAAGCCCCGGGAGCGGCGGACGGAGUCGCCCCCGACGUUCUCCUGGACUUCCCACCACCGAGCCGGCAACCCCAGCUCUGGGGGCGCCAAGCUGCUGGAGCUGGACGAGGAGAAGCUGAGCAACUACGAGAUGGAGAUGAAGCCGCUGCUGAGGAUGGACGCGUACAUGCAGGACGUGCACCCCCAGAAAAGACGCUACAGCAAGGGGGGGGCCUGCCGGGGCCUGGGGGAGGACCACCGCUCCGAGGACCGGGGCUUUGGGGCGCAGAGACUGAGGUCCAAGUCCCAGAACAAGGAGAACGUCAGGCCGGCCUCAUGCGCAGAGCCGGCCGUGCAGAGACUGGAGAGCCUGCGGCUGGGGGACAGGGCUGAGCCCCGGCUGCUGCGCUGGGACUUGACCUUCUCCCCACCCCAGAAGUCCUCGCCUGUGGCACUGGAGUCAGACGAGGAGAACGGGGACGAGCUCAAGUCCAGCACGGGCUCGGCUCCCAUCCUGGUGGCCAUGGUGAUCUUGCUCAACAUCGGAGUCGCCAUUUUGUUUAUUAACUUUUUCAUCUGAUGAGAUUGUCGCGUUAGCAACAACGGUUGGUGUACAAAAGGGGACGUUACAAGGGAAGGACUGGAACUCGGACGGCCCCACGACUGCUUCCGAGUCCACAGAACAUGAUUGGGUAUUACUCACAGUUUGCCUUUUUUUCUGGGUAAUGUUUUUUGGAUUUUAGCCAAAAUUCUUUGCUUGUCUAACACUAUGCUGUGUGGCAUGGCAGAAGGAGGCCAGCACGCCGCCCCUCCAGCUUGACAUGGAAAGAAAAGGGAUCCUGGCCAAUCAAUGGCCAAAAAAUAAAUUGUCGUCAUCAUCACACUCCCGUCUGGGAUGCGGAAAAGGAGGCAGCUGAGGAAGACCCCCGGAGGGUCCCGCUGUGCCGGGCGGGUGGGGAGCAGCUGCUGGGAGGUGGAAGGGGAAGGUGGGUCAACCCUGCCCUUCCUCUGGGAUAUUCCAGAACUCUUGUCUGGAAUGGCGGGUGACAAGUACGGUGCGAGGCACGGGGAGGAAGGCAUCCCAUUCCAGCUGGCAGCAGCCUGGGCCUUUUCUGUUUUAAAUCUGUGCUGCACUCUGAAGGGAGCAGAGGUCUGCCUUCUCUUCUCCUCCCCGAGAAACAGACCCCGGCCCUGCCCUCUUCCCGGUACUGCCCCACGGCUUUCCUCGCGAGGCCGGCUCCCCACACUGAGUCUUAAAGCCAAGUCCUGAUUUUUCCGCCGUCCCUGCCUCUCUCCCUCCCUCCUUCCCCAUCCUGCCAACCUCCCACGAGAAGCAGGGGAAGCCGUGCUGCCGCCACUCAGGGGCCGGCAGAGCGCUGCGGCCGGGGGGCUGGUGCUGGAGGGCAGGGAGCGCUGUGGGGCCCCUUAGCCAGGGACUGUCUCCGACAUCACACCUGGGCUCUGAGCAUGUGGCAUUUCUGCACUUAGGAUGCAGGAUGUGUAUCCAGGCACCUGUGUCCCUGUCAGACGUCCACGAUGGCCCUUACAUGACCUUGUCUUUGUCACUGAGCCCAUGAGUUCUCACAUCUUUGUCCUGUGCCUGCCUCAACUCCCCCCCUAGAUAUGCAUCUUCCCUCCAGAUGCCUCAUUCAUACUCUGGAGCUGGUCUGGUCCCAGGACAGGAAUGUGCUUGAAACCCAGGGGUUGAAAAUUCCUGAGAAAUCGUUGCAUAUCCAUCUCCCCCAAAACAUACAACGUAACUUGUUUCAGUCCAACAGAAACAGGCUCCUGGUGUUUCUUCCUUCUCUACCAGCGUUGCCCCACCAUCCAAACAAAAGAACAAGGUUCCAGAAUGUCCGAGUGCCCCGUGGUCCUAGCUAUGGAGCCAGCCCUGCCGCGUGUAGGGACGUGUCUGGGGCAUGGGCGCGUCCACACGCAGGUCCCCCUGCGCCCACGCCUGGGGAGGUCCUUCCAGGGAACUCACCCCACAGUCGUCCUGGGUCCAGCAGUCGACGGCUCCGCCUUGCUUUGCUGAUGUUUAGCUGUUUCUCUGCUACCUUUUGAGCAGAUUUCUUUACUACACUGCACUGGAUUGCUAUAUUUUUAACCAGAAAUAAACUAAAGAUUAGAGCAUGUUCCAGUUAAAUUCAGUUUAUUUUUUCCCAUUAUCCAUUCACUCCCCGCUCCUUCUCACGGGUUGGCUUCACUGGGGGUCUUUUUUGGGGAGUAGGUACGUAGGAGAGGGAGGGAGGACCUGUAGGACGUAACUUCCCAGACGCUGCUUUCUCAAGGGAUGGGACAUCUUUUUGUACAUCCUCCUUUCCGUUCCUCUUUUUUAAUAUCGAGUGGUUGCUGCAGACCUGACAUGAACCAAAUAAAGAUUCCUGCUCUUUGCAGCUCAAAGAAUCAUCGUGCUGGGAUGUGGGUUUUAUAAUUUUGUUUGCAACUCUUUCUAAAGAUUCUAGACUUCUUUUGUACAUUCCAGUAACUGCAUGACACAAAAUGGUACCUACAAAUGCAGGUUACAUAUUUACAUGCAAACACCACGAGGAAUCCAGAUACGUGUAAGGCAACAGCACAGAGAUGCGCACCACUCAAGGACAGCAGUGGUUUCAUGACUAGGUGGCUCACACGGGUGACUAGCUGGCGUCCCCUCACUUGUCCGCCUUUCCAAAAACACAACUGUGAAACCAGAUCAACACCCCGCCCUUCAGUCAUUUCCCUGUGCUCCUGGUGAAUUCCACCACCACCACGACGCACUGGGUCUCAGAGACUCUAGAAGUCAUUUUUUUAAUUGGUUUCCAAACUGAUUAAAGAGCAGGCUGCCUCGCGGGAGCCCUGCAGGCAGGCCUGUGCUUUCACUAGGGCUCGCUUGCUCUUCCUGCCCGCCCAGAGCCUCAGGUUUCCCGACGUGUGCGCCAGCCCUCUCACCCCAGGGCCACGCCGGCUGACCUGCUUCCCGUGUGCACGUUCCUGGUGGGUGUGCAUGUGCUGAGCUAGAUGAGGACACAUGAGACUGUCAGGAAGAAUGGAUGAGCAUGUCCCAGCUGGCCCCCAGUGGUGCAGAGCGUUGACAAGUUUUAAUUAAUCCCAGAGCAAUCUCGUGAGUCAUUUUCUCUCCUGACAGAUUCUUCCAUGCUUUAAAUGUGAAAACCAGAGGCAGAGAAAUUGAGUUACCUGAGAUACCAAGCCAGGGCCCACAGGCACAGGUCACUACCCCAUGCCCACCUCUCCCCUCCCCCAAGGCUGGGAAACCUGCACUUGCACCUCCCCCUGAAAGGACACUGCCCUCUGAGGCCCCCAGGUGAACCUGUCUGUGCCUGUGGUUUACAUGUUCCAUGUACCAGAAAUGUGAGGAACCGUGUAUGUGGAUUUACUCGUGCUUUUUGAAGUCUGCUCAGUGCCUGUAGAGUGCUCGGAUAAAUUCGGGCACCUGGAAAAUUCUCUUUAUCUGUUCUUUUGAAUUCUAAGUUUCAUAAUCAUUAGCACAUUCCCAAAGACACAGAUCAGGUAUGCAAUACGUAAGCCAAGAUAAUUGACAAGGAGGAUGAUGUUGAUAAAAAUCCGGUGUAGUCACAAAAAUGCAACCCCCAUUGCUGAAAUCCUUCAAGGGAGGGAGGAGAGUUAGCGAAACGCAAGAACUUGCUGGCGCACUCUCCUCGGAAGCCCACAGCUAACGACCAGUAACUCCUUUCUUCACGGAAACCCCAUUGUAUGGGCUGUGAGUAAACACCUAUGUUUAGGAUGAUGGGCUCUUUCCUACGUGCACAAACCCGAGAUUCCUCAGGAAGUGUGAAGAACACAGGUUGGGUCUCGCCAGCCCACAGCCCGGGUCUGGUGCCCAGGGCACACAAUUAGGGCAGCUCCGCUCCUGGCUAACGCUUGAUGUCCCAACCUCAUCAUAAAAGUACUCCUUUUCACUUUCAAAAGAGUCCUAGUUUAGAAAAUAAAUUAUAUGGCGACCCCACCUAACAAGCGGAGGCCGUUACGGAGAGCCCAGUGGCGCUGUUGCGACACCAAGCCCAGGACGUCAUGCACUCGUUGAAGAUGACAGACUAGGGGAGCGAGUGAAAUUGUCUUUGGUUUCUGCAGUUUUCAGUUUGGGUUUUGAUCGUCGAGACUCCCAGGCACCCUGAAUCAGCACCUGUACUGCCCCUCUGGAGGCCCUUCUAGCUGGGAUGCCCAGUGGGCGCCUCAGAUGCCCCAGUGGCCCUCCUGCAGGGGGUCACUUCAUUUCACACGGACAGUAAGAUGUUUCUCAAGACUAAGGGUGGAAGGGGCAACCUCUUUUCUAGAUGAAGCUCAGCUUCUUUAACUCUUACAGGUCUUGUCUUCCAAUUUUUCUUGCCUUUGGUCUCAGAAACUUCACAUAAAGGUGCCUACUAGAUUCUAAGACAUCUAUUUCCAUAACUGAAUGUGCCGCCCGACCCUACAACCAACCGACAGUACUGAGUACAGCUGACAGACGCCUCAGAUUUUCCUCAUACUGAGUCAACUCCACGAUGGAGUCGUUUUUAUCUUGCCUAGGACAAAGAUUUGCUCCUAGUCAGUUAAGCGUAACGUGAAGUCAGAGGAUCAAGCUUGCAGAGGAGGAGGAACAAGUCGGUCAGCUCGGGGCGUCCGAUUGGUCUGGUUCUUGCCCGGGCCUGGCCACGUGUCAGGUGAUGCCGUCAGUGAGCGAAGACUGGGGAAGCCAGCGGCUCCAAGUGCUGAGGAGUGUCGGCAACUCAGCCUUAAAAGACACAAGAGGAAGGACGGUUGCCUUUGUUUAAAAAAGAAAAAUGCAGCUGUUUUUACAGUGUCUGCGCGUGCCUGGACAUGAACUAUGGAGUAUGCAGAAUGUCUGCGAGCUGUGGAAACGCAGCGGCCAGUCACUCAAACACCUGGGGAGAUGUUUCCUUUCUGAGGACGUGGGGGAGACGCUGGGCCCCUAGAGGAAGCGGCAGAGGGAGACACGGUGCGGUGUGGUGCCCGGCCAGUGGAACCCCUGGAGUGAUGAGCUAAUGCUUUGGAAGAUGGCUAAAUGUUCUCCAGAACCGUGGCCCACACGUUAGGAACAAAAGCUGUCUUCAGAGCUUCCUUCUGCGUGACAUCCCAACGUGGAAGUGCCUGAGAGAUGAGUGGGCAAACAUGUUUGUUCUAGCUUGUUUCUAUACCUCCGAGAAGCAGGCAGCCCCAUCGGGGGCAGCUCAGAGUGUGGACGUGCUUGCCCCGGGGAGUCUGGGGUGCAGGGGACAGCAAGCAGGGCGGGCAAGAGCAGCCAAGUUCACACACCUACCUCACUUCUCUCCACCCCACCGCUCCCCUCACUGCGCGCCUGCGUCACGGGCCCGGGCCCCACACUGCGCACACCUGUUGUCAUGCCUGUGCACACCCUUUCCCACUGCCCUUCCCGUCGUGUAUGUGCCACAUGGAUGCAGGUCUCCAACUAUGCCGUCACUGCUUGGUGAUAUGGUGACGGGGGCAGUCCAAACUCAUGAAGGGCAGGAGGCCUCGAGGAAUGGCCAAGAUGGGUCUUGGCUGGACCGCUGCUCCCCCAUGCUGGCAGCACCUCAUUCAGAACGCUUGGUUCAGCUCGCUUUGGUAAUUCAUUCCCUGCCUGCUGUGAAGGUCAGACAGGCGCCCAGGCUGUCUCCUUAGAGGUCAGUGCACGUCUAGUCCUUGAUACACACAAGCAGCUGUGAGAAUUUCUAGUCCCUUAAGACAAGCACUUACAGUCGUGUUUCCUGUAGGAUGACACGUGGAACAGACAAAGGGUUUUCCAUCGGAUCCUGUGCUCACCCGUGACUGCGGAGAGCACGUACACAGCCUGCGGGUCUUUCUCCCUUGCUCAACGUUAUCAGUUCCAAAUGGGGCAGAUACAUUAUGCAGCCAGCUGACCUUCAGUGAAUGAUGCUUAUCCCACUCUGGGUGGCGCCUGUAAAAGGCAGGACACAGUCAGGAGGAGGGCCCCUCUCCAGUUACCCCAAAUGGGAAGGACACUGCGAUCAGGUUCAGGGGGAAGAGGAGGCGCAGGAGGAGGGGAGUCGGCUCUGUGGGGCCGAGCACUGUGGCAUGCCUCACUCUAGGCUGCUCCUGCAUGACCAGCCCAGGACCCCCAGCUCCUCCCACUGGGGCUCUGAAUGAGCCCUGCUCCACUGAGUGCUGUCACUGCCACCAUCAAAGCAGCGUGGCCCCGUUGGGCCCCAUGCUGCAGAACCUCCUGGCCCUUGCCCCCACGCACGCACAGUGGCUCCAUGAGCAGACGCACCCCCUGACCGCUGACCUGCCAGUGCCCCCGUACGCUGAGCUACACCCGACAGUGCUCUCCGGCCGGGCUCUUAUUUGCGCCAUUCUCCAUUUCCAAAGCCACGCCAUCCCAUGUAGCCAGAGUGAAAUAACCCAACACGGCCCUCACCGCUCGGGUGGGCAGCUGUGGGACCCUGCCCGCACUCUAGACAUGAAACCACUACCCCUGACGUGGAUGCCUUUUUGUGAAUUCUAACAGAAAUCGGUCUCAAUCUGCACUUUCUUUUUUCCGUUUUCCCCUGGUGCAUGUAAACUGUUUGCUACCACAGUGCGAUCAUUCUGUGCAUUGACAAAAAGGGAAUGUUGACUAUGUUCUGAUUUUUCUUAUUGAUGAAGCGGCUAAAAACGUUACCUCGGCCUUUUUUCUUUUCUCUUAGCUGGAAAAAUAGCUUGGUUACUUACAAAAUGAAAAUAAAAUAAUUUUCUUUAAUGAAUGUAACUGUUUAAAUCAUACCAUUACUAUAUAUUUCAUUAUCUGAAAGCAAAGGACACUGUCGAGAUUCAAGAAAAAUUUUGCUCCUUUUAGUAAUAAACGUCGUCAUUUGAAACUUUG